AUGAGCUCUAGGAACCAAGGGGCCAGUCCAACCAUGUCGCCGUCAAGCACUGGUGCGAACCCCUCGUUAGGACCUACUUCUACGGCCCCCGUGGUCCACCCGCGCUACGCGUCAAACGAUCAGUUCGCCAUGGACGACCCCGACCAACCAAUCGAGUUGUCCGGCACGGACCAUAAGCCUGCGUUUCCACCGAAAUUCCAGCGAAAUUCGACGUCUUCUAGCUCCCAAUUGCCGCCGGCCGAGACUUAUCAGAGCCGAGAUGUUGGGACUGGCCGGCUAUACUAUCACAACCAAGGCCCCGAGCAAAAUGUCAAUAUACAUGGCCUAGGGGGUCCCCCGCCCAUGGGUCAUACGCAAUAUACACCAUCCCCACAAGACUAUUAUCAUCACCAAGACCCGCGGCUGCUGGCGCAGCAGCAGCAGCGUCAGUACCAGCAGCGGCCAGAUGGAUUCUAUGCUGUGUCUCAAGCGCCAGCGCCGCAAGUCCCCGCGCAAAGCCAGGAUGACUAUUACCACCCCCUCCGACAAGCGGCUCCUUCAAGAAUGCAGCCAGACGAUUUGUACCAUGCGCGGCAGGCCUAUAGCCAGGCACAGCCGUCGCAGUCGCAGCCGCAGCCGCAGCUGCAACAGUAUUAUCAUGCGCGACAGGUGCCUCAAAGAGGGGAGAUGAAGAGCGAAGCUGAUCCUGUAGAUCAGCCGUUGUCCCGAGUAACGCCCGAGACGAUGGGGAAGUGA